AUGAGUGAAAGAGUGAAACAAGUUGCGGCCGAGGAAGCUGAGCGAGUCAGAGUCAUGACAAAAGAGGCCGUUCAGUCUCGUGCCUACUUGUACCCCUUCAAGGGCAUCUUCUACUUCGUCUCGCACAAGGACCUUUGGCGACCAUUGAUCUCCAGACUGGCGCCAACCAUUACCCUCAGCAUUGGAGUUACUACGUUCAUGUUCCUCGUUGCAUACGUCCCACAAGCCGCCGUCAUGGCUUUCACAUCUGGGCCAGUCGCUGCUAUCUCCGCCGCCCUCUUGACUCUCAGCGAGAGCUCGACCUUAAUCAACCUCCUUUCGCGCACAUUCCUCAUCGAAGAGGCCAUCAUCGACACCUUUGACGGCACACUACUCUCUCGUGAUUGCACCAAUCUGGUUGAAGGAGGCAGACAAAUCUCGGCAAGCGGUGACAAUGUUGCUCGGCUGGGGAAAUUGAUCAAAAAGCCGUUUGCCAAGUUUACACCAAACGCAAUUGUCAGAUAUCUGCUGUACCUGCCGCUCAACUUCAUCCCUGUGGUUGGAACGGUCAUCUUCAUCCUCUUGCAAGGAAAGCGAGCAGGUCCAGCUGCACAUACCAGGUAUUUCCAACUCAAAGAGUGGUCAAACAGACAACGGGAGGUUCACAUUGAGGAGCAUCGAGGAGGCUAUACGUCAUUUGGUGUUGCGGCUUUCGUCCUAGAGAUGAUACCGUUUGCCAACCUCAUCUUUGCAUUCACCAACACUGUUGGUGCAGCGCUGUGGGCCGCUGAUCUGGAAAAGAACGCUACUACGUCGCCAAAGGUGCGAGAGUUGGCCAAGAAGGCUGAAUGA